UAUGCUCUGAACGUAAGCAGACGACUGCGGAAUGUUGAAAAGUCACAAAUCCUUGAAACGAAACCCGCAGUUUUGCCUGAAGAAAUAAUACGUAUUGGGUGAUAAUUUAUUUAUAAAAUUCAUCAGAAUUAUAUAUAUAAAUUUUUUGUGACUGAUUUCAUAGUAAAUAUCUGAAAAACAUGAAUUCGAAUCAUUGUGAAGAAAAUCAAAACAUGAGCAACGAUUAUCUUUAUCCUCCUGAAAUUCUUUCAAAAUUAGAUUUGAAAAAUUGCUAUGUACAUUUUAAUCCUCCAAUUUCAAUUUCUAACCCUGGAGAAAAUCUAAUUCUGAGGCCUUUAAGUAUUGAUGAUUAUCAUAAAGGUUACCUGAAUUUGUUAUCACAAUUAACAAAAGUAGGAGAUGUGUCGGAAGAAAAAUUCAAAGAAACAUUCCAAGAGAUGAAAUCUUGUAAAAACAGAUAUUUUGUUACUGUCAUUGAAGAUCUAUCUACUAAUCAAGUAAUAGCAACAGCCACAUUAGCCAUAGAAAAGAAAUUUAUUCAUUCAGCUGGGCUCAGAGGUAGAUUAGAAGAUGUUGUAGUUAACAACGAUUACAGGGGAAAACAACUUGGAAAACUAGUUGUGAUCGCAAUUCGUUUGCUUGCUGAACAGAUUGGUUGCUACAAAAUAACUUUGGAUUGCAAGGAUAAAAUGGUCAAAUUCUACAAGCAAUUUGGUUUUGCAUGUGAAACUGGGAACAACAACAUGAUGACAAUAAGAUUUCAUGAAUAGUUAUAAGUAUUGUUGAUUGCUGAAAAUGAAUUUAAAAGUUGUUAAAUCUGUAUUAUAUUUAUUAUAUUUUUUAUGCAUUUAUGAUACAUUUUUUGUGUAUCCUUGCGCACAAAUAUAUAAAGAUCAAAGUUUAGUUUUGUAAAGCAAUAAAAUGAGGAAUUACGAUUUCAGU